AUGGCUCAAGAAAAACGUAAUUCUAAUAUUCUCCCUUUGAAAAAAUGUUCGAAAACACGUACACUUCGAUCCUUAUCUACCUCAAUGAUUCCUCAAACUAAAUCAACAUCACAACUAUCUGAUAAUAAAAUUGUUGAUAAAACUCAAAUAACACGAAAUUUUUCUUUAUCUUCUCAUAAACUUCCUAAACCAACGAUGUCUACAAUUUCAAAAUUAUCCACAAAUGAUAAAUCAUCGAAUGUUAAUGAAAAUAAUUCAUCAUUUAUUACAAAAAACAAGUUAUCUCCUAUUAAAAUUAAAAAGAAACAAAUACCUCAUGAAGUUAAAAAAACAAUUCCUACUCUAGAAAUUAAAAAAAAUCCGUCUCCUCUUUUAGAAGUUAAAAAGAAACCAUCUUCUCUUUUAGAAGUUAAAAAGAAACCAUCAUCUCUUUUAGAAAUUAAAAAGAAACCAUCAUCUCUUUUAGAAAUUAAAAAGAAACCAUCAUCUCUUUUAGAAAUUAAAAAGAACCCAUCUUCUCUUUUAGAAAUUAAAAAGAACCCAUCUUCUCUUUUAGAAGUUAAAAAGAAACCAUCUUCUCUUUUGGAAGUUAAAAAGAAACCUCCUCUAGAAAUUAAAAAAAAAUUAUCACUUUUUGAAAUUAAAAAGAAACCAUCUCAAAUUGAAAUUAAAAAAAAUUCAUCACCUCUUGAAGUUAAAAAAAAGUCAUUAGAAAUUUUAAAGAAUUCAUCGGAACCACUUGUAAUUAAGAAAAAAUCAACACCUUUCUUAACAAAGAAUAAAUCUAUACCAUCUAUCGUCAAGAAAAAAUCCAUACCUCUUAUUAAUGAAUCAUCAUCGUUUAAAACACAAAAUGAUAUUGAAACUAAACGUUUGACACCUGCUCGUGGACGAUCUCGAGGACGAUCUCGUGAACAAAAAGAUAUUAAAUAUGGAAACAAUGGAAGAUAUGAAUGGAAGGAUAAUGAGAAAAUUGGUGAUGAAAAAGAAUAUUCUGAGAAACGUCAUGAUGAUGAAAAAGAUGUAGAUGGUGAUAUAAAUGAUAAAGAAUUUCUUGAUACUUUAUUGUCAAAAGUAGAUUUAUCACAUCCUAUCACAAUUAAAAUGAUAACUCAAGUUAUAGAACUUCAAAUGAAAAAUUCUUUGUUAAGGAAAGGAAACCAAGUACUUUGGCAAGAAUAUAAAUGGCAAUCAAAUUUAGAACGUGAAUUAAUCGAAGAACUUAACAAAAUGGAAACUGCAUUUGAAAAGGUUACUUCGCCAGAGAAUCAGACUGAUAAUACAUUGAAUUCCCUUAAAAUCGAUCUUAGCGAUUCAUCUCCUUCCAUGAUCGUGCAAAAAGAUAAACAGCAGGAAUUAGAAGAAGAUCUGGCAUUUCUUAGAGUCACGAGUAUUAUCGAAUCAAUGAAAAAUGAUAUUCUAACUCAACUAGAAUAUGGUAUUGAUAAAAUUAAUGUAGAAGAAUGA